AUGGAUGAAGGGGGUGAACCCCAGGACUACAUUCGUAUAUCCUCAGAAAAGCUCUCGGCUGAUGAGGUUUCGCAGUUAGUGGUUUCUCCAUGCUGUGGCGCUGUGUCCAUAUUUAUAGGGACCACAAGGAAUAAUUUUGAAGGGAAGAAAGUUGUUUCUCUGGAGUAUGAAGCGUAUGUGCCAAUGGCAGAGGCUGAAAUUAGGAAAAUACUUUCUGACAUCAGACAGAAGUGGCCAUCGGUCAGGCACGUGGCUGUGUAUCACAGACUUGGUGUGGUUCCGAUAACUGAAGCUAGUGUCAUCAUUGCGGUAUCUUCACCGCACAGAAAUGACUCUUUGGAUGCUGUGAAAUAUUGUAUAAACACAUUAAAGGCAACAGUGCCUAUCUGGAAAAAGGAAUUGUAUGAAGAAGGCUACACAUGGAAAGAAAACAAAGAAUGUUUUUGGAGAAAACAAGAUGAUGUAUAGUACAGUCAAUUAGGCUCAGUCCACAGAUCACUGGUUUCAUAUUUUUGAUAAAAAACAAACAAAAACAAAACAAUGAGCAGUUUAAUCCAAUUCAUAUUUGUUCCUUGUAUUGUCAUUAUUAAAUCCCUUAAACUAAAA